CUCACGAGCAAAAUUUACAAAAUAUCUGCGCAAAUACGUUCUAGAUGUAAUUUUUUAGUUUUUAAAUGUUCAAAAAUAAAAGUUACUAAAAAAAACAUGCUAUUAUUAUGACACAAAUAAUAUUGUAAACUUUAAAAAAAUCACAUGAUGAAAACGUUUUGUUGAAGUGUCCGAAAGUUGCUCGUCCCAAAUAUUGUGCCAAACGUUUGACAAUUAUUGUUAUUUUGCGAGCGAAGUUUGUGUAAUUUUCAAAAUAUUUGAGAAAAAGAUCGGAAGAUCGAUAAGUAGAUGUAGCAACAACCCACAAUGAGUGGCGAAGGCAGGGAGGAUGGUUCCGUGAAGAAAGAGCCAGAUACUGAUCCAGACACUGGCUAUGCAAUCCUCACUGAUGAGUUCAUCAGGACAGCCUUUGAAUCACUGGAUGGCAGCAAUCCUGGUGUUUCUGGAUUAACCCAGGAAGCCGCAGAUGCCCUCAAUCAGGAUGUUUGCUAUAGGAUCCGGGAGUUGACCCAUUCGGCGGCGCGGCUGAUGCGCCACUCGGGCCGGCGCCGUCUGACCCACUCGGACAUGACGCGCGCGCUGCGCUGGUACGGCGCGCCGCCGGUGCUGGGCCACAGCACGCGCCGGCCGCUGGCGCUGCUGCCGCUGUCCGACGCCGGUCUGUGGGUGGCCGAACAGCGCGACUGUGACCUGGCGCAGCUGGCGCUGAGCGCCGACCCGCCGCCGCCGGCGCCGCCCGCCGAGCCGCCGCUCUCAGUGCGCUGGCUGGUGGUCGAGGGUCGGAACCCGGACGUAAAGCCGGACCCCGACCGGCCGGUCGGCGGUCUGAAUGCCGUCGAGCUCGACUACUACGAGCAGACGACCCGCGCGCUGUUCGGCUCGAACCUGGAGCUGCUGCAGAUGGCGCUGCACGACCUGGAGACGUCUGGCCGGCUGGCGCCGCUGCUGCCGCACCUGCUGCGCUGCCUGCUGCAGGCCAUCCGACACCUGACGGCCCGACCCGCCUGGCUGCACCGGCUGCUGCGCGCGCUCCAGGCGCUCACCCGGAACACAUCGCUCAACCUCGGCUGUAAACCCAACCUGAACCACAUUGCCAGUGCGCUGGUGUUUUGCGCCAUCGAGGGCCAGCAGAAGGCGCCUGAUCCGUUGGUGGACGCCAUCUGUGUCAAGGAGUUCUCGGCGCGCCUUCUGGCUCAGCUGGUACACAAGUGGACCACGCCGGUGAACCAGCUGCCCGAGCAGAUCGCCCGGACCCUCCACGACGUGGUACAGGACCGACGGCGGAUCCUGCGGCAGCAGUACGGAGCCAUCACCGCGCUCACCUACAUGGGGCCAGAGGCCAUACUGAGGUACCUAUGUCCGCUGCUGCCGCAGUACGUGCCGGCCAUGCAGGAGGUGCUGAGCGCGCCCCAGCUCGACCUGCCCACGCGGAUGGACGCCAUGCGAGUGCAGGCGGCACUGGCGCUGGCCAUUCAGCACUACCUGCGUCACAAGGCGCUGGAGUUCGCUGAUGACCCGGACUCGGCCGGCCCCGGUCCGCCGCCGCUGUUCAUAUACCAACUCUGGGCAGACCUGUGUGACGGCCUGGCCGCCGCGCCGCCGCCGGCCUCCUGUGUGGCCACGCUGGCCGCCCGUCGGCCGCCCCCUCCUCCACCAGCACCGGUCGGCGGCUGCGCGGGGCUGUGGCCGCCGGGCAGCCGCCGGCCGCGCGGCGCCUGGCUCCAGCUGGUCCGCGUCCCACCUGCCCGGCGACGGCCGCUGCCGCCGCGCGCCGCCGUCUUCCAGGGCGCGCCGCUGCGGCAGCGCUUCCCCACCAUCUACUUCAGCUUCAUCGGCGCCUCGCCGCUGCCGGAGCACCUGCUGCGUCGUGUCCAAUUCCCCCGCUCGCACCCGAUCGCCUCGCAGGCGUCCCGGGACGCGCGGCCGCGGCGCGGCGGUCUGCGGCGCUGGCCGGCCGGCGGGACGCACGUGCAUCGCUCCGGUCGGCUGGACACGUUUCUCUGACCCCGCCGCCGCCGGCGCUAGGAUAGUAUUUAUUGAGUGGAUGUGUACGUGACGUGUGUGUGCGUGUGUGAUAGACGGUUGGAGGGGCUCACUCCGUCCACGUGACUGGCAUCCUCUAACUAGUGUUUGGCUGCCUGUCCUCGCUGGUUCUCAGAGGACUCAAUACUGCCGUGGCUGCUUGACUGAAGUCCAGGACUGACCCUGUCGUUGGUUAUCCUCACUCCCAGAGCUCCCGAUACGAGGGUAUGCGUAUCAUAUCUGUUUUGCUCCUCGGAUCGGCUGGCCGUCCGUGGUAAGGCUGUUUGACAACAGUCACUAAUGUUCCGACGCUACGGCGCGCUCUCAUCGUGCGCCUGUACCUUUUGUAGAGCGUGGUUUCCCAGUGCCACCAGUAUCGUGUGUUCUGCAAGUGCCAGGAAGUUCUUUCCAUCGCCCGACGACCGCAAGUGAUUUGUGUGCUACAGAGCCGGGUUUUCUGUAAGUUUGUUAGGAAUUGGAGCCGUUUAAGGUGUGUUUCGUCGUAUCUGCGUAUCUCGGCGAGUGUCGACUGUUCUGAGCAUGCCAACAGAGCAGCGGGUCCCUUGCAGUAUGCCUAAGGCAUGACAAGCCAUUUGCACUGUAUGCCUUGAAUACAUAUGCAGCGAUUGUG